AUGGCUCCUUCCUCUCAAGCAUAUCGUCCUUAUCUGGAAUCACACCAAAACCCAGCAGGACCUGGCGAUGCCCGUCCCACAGCUACUCAAGUCAUCAAGGACUUGGACCUAGAGGGCAAGCUCGGCAACAAGACAAUCUUGAUUACUGGCGGUAGUGCGGGACUUGGGGUCCAGACGGCUAGAGCCUUGUACCUGACAGGAGCCAAGAUCUACAUCACCGUUCGUGACGAGCAAAAGGGUCAGAAAGCCAUCAAGGCCAUUACCAAGGACGCAUCUGAGGGUCAAGCUGUCGAGCUUGUUCACUUGGAUCUUGAAGACCUUGACAGCGUGCGCGCUGCAGCCGAAGAUUUCAUAACUAGAAGCAACCAACUCAACAUCUUAAUCAACAACGCAGGCGUAAUGAAUGUUCCCAAAGGCAAGACCGCGAGUGGCUUCGAAACUCACAUGGCAAGCAACCACUUUGGCCAUUUCCUGCUGUUCCAACUCUUGAAGCCUCUUCUGCUUUCCUCGUCCACAACGACCGAUACUUCCCGCGUCAUUAACUUGUCCAGCUAUGGUCAUACCUUCUCACCCAUCUGCUUCGAUGACAUAGCAUUCGAGGGCUCGGAAUACAAUCCAUGGGCAGCUUAUGGCCAAAGCAAGACCGCGAACAUUUACAUGGCCAACAGCAUCGAUCGUCUCUAUGGAUCCCGAGGCCUUCACGCCGUAUCACUCCAUCCAGGUGUUAUCAUUGAUACUGAAUUGCUGCGCCACAGCACCAAGGACGCUUUCGCUGAAUUCGGAGGUGAGGAUGUUUUUGGAUAUCUCCCAAAAAGUCCUGAGCAAGGUGCCGCAACUACUGUGUGGGCUGCCUUGACACCUCACUUCAACGACAAGGGUGGCGUCUACUGCGCUGAUUGUGGCGAAUCUGUCAAAGCUGGAGAUAAUGCGCCGAUCGGUGGCCCUGAGUAUGGCAGUCAUGCUUAUGAUGAGGAGGCUGAAGAUCGUUUGUGGGAGCUCAGUUGUAAAGCUGUCGGUGCAUAA